AUGCGCGCCUCUUGGCACAUAAACCCUAAUUUUUUAGAAAUUGCUAGUUCCCUCUCUCUCCACCGUUCAAUUCUUCUCCUAGCAAAUUGAAGUUUCGUCUUUGAGUUUGCUAUGGCGUCGUCUGUGGGGGAAGGAACAUCUUACGAAGGCGGUGGUGGAACGGGCGGAAAGUUCAGGAAGCGUCCAUUCCGAAAGCCCCCACAGACUCCGUAUACCCGGCCACCGACUGCUCUUCGGAAGUCUAGUACAGAUGCCGGUUGGUUCUCGAGAAUAAUUAGCCCCGCAUCUAAACUUAUUAUGUCCAGUGCUCAAUUGUUCUUUCCCUCCUUGCUCCGCAAGCGCAUCGCUCCACCUCCCCAGUCACAACCAGAACCAGUAACUGGUAGAGAAUCAAAAGAGAGUGUCCCGGAGGAAGUUCAAAUUAACCAUUCUAGAGUUCAACAAUUAGGUGUUGAUGAUCUUAAGAGCCCAUCUGUAAGCUUUGAUGGAAAUGGGAUUUCAGAACUCGAGCAAGCACUAAGGCAAAGGUCCUUCACAAGAUCUGAGAUAAAUCAUUUAAUGGAUCUGUUAAAUUCAAAAACAGUUGGUUUUCCCAACAAGGAUGAGGACAGAAGAGGGGCUGGGACUAGUCUAGGGCAUCCAGCAUCACCUUCCGGAACACUUAACAAAUUUGCAGGUAGUCUAGUGACAGCGAGGCAAGGAAGUUAUUUAGAGAGUCAAAAGUCUGCUGGAUGGGUUUCUUCUCCUGUUAUGAAUUCACAAAUCCCAAAAAAGAACGUUUCUUCUCCUGCCGAGCUUGCAAAAGCAUACAUGGGCAAUCAAACUUCAGAAGAGCCACAAUCUGUGUUAAGUUUGCAUUAUAAAGCUCACAUGGAAGACACAAUGUUGCACAACAAUGUUCCAUUUCAUCCCGAAUCACCAGUCACGUCAUUAGUAAAGUCUACUAGUCGUGCUUUGGUUCCUGCAAAUGGUUCUUUUCCUAGAUCCCUCGGACGAUCUGCUAUUUACAAUAUGGCCCGUACACCAUAUUCCAAGGUUCAUCCAACUUCUAGUCAAAAGGAUUUAAAGCGCAGAAGUUCAAUGAUAGAUGAUGAGAUCGCAUCUGUUGGUCCAAUACGUAGACUCCGACAAAAGACUAAUCUUACUACGAAUUCAUUGAAUCGCAUAGUAGCUCGAAGUCCUUUUGCUGGCGGUGCACCUGGUGCUGUUUCUGAUGUGGCCAAAUAUCCCUCAUCUACAACAAAUUCAGUCCUACCCUUAGAUGGUUUUGGUCGUAGAAUUCCUCUAACAGUGGGCAAGACUGUGGAGAAUGGAAUUCGUGGUACAAAUUAUACUUCAAUUCCUUCUAAAUCCACUGAUGUUGCUGCAAGAAUAUUGGAACAAGUUGAAAAAAUUGUCCCCAACGAGCAAUCAUCACAAGUCAAACCAGUUAUGAAGGGGAAGUCGCCUAAUAGGUUAACCACUGAUAUGCUGCAAGGACAAGCUCUUAGAAGCCUUGAGAAUGUGGAUUCAUUGCAUAUUCUUCAAGGAUUGCAAGAUCCCCAAACUGGGAAGGAGAUGCAUGGAUCUUUUCCUGAUACUUAUAAUGACGCCAGCUCAAGGAAGCAAAAGAAAGUACAAGAAAAUGGCCCAGUUGAGCUCACCGUUUCUUGUGAAAAAGCAGUUCCCUCAGAAAAGAACACAUCCACUUUGGUAAAUGAUAUCUCACCUUUUGAUGGAAAUGCAGUUCUGAAUAUCCCAGAAUCUGUCUUUCAACCUUAUAGUAGACGUGCGUUUCAGAUGAGUGCACUUGAGGAUGAGUCUUGGGAUAUAGACGAUGAUAUUGAUUUCAACGAAGCUGGUUGUAUUCCUGUGACUGAGGGAAAUGGAAAAUUGGAGACACCUGUGGUGGAGAGUAAGUCAGUCUCUACUGAUUUGGUCGUGGAAGCCAAAUCUCCUUCCCUAUCUGAAUCCAAGUCAUUGUUUAGUCCUGUAACACAAAAAACCACUGGUUUUGGUUCUUUGCCAAUCUUUACUGGUGCUUCCACUCCUUCCGUCACAACUUCUCAGCUAGCUUCUGCUGAUCUACCAUUAAACAUGGAACCAAAACAGCUGGAUGCAGCACCACCUGUGUUUAGUUUUAGUUCUAUUGUUGACAAGGCUCCUUCUCCCUCAUUUUCUGCAUUCUCUCCGGCUACUGAAACUUCAGACCCCAAGCCCAGUUCAUCAGAUUCCAAAGUGGCAAGCACAAACAGCUUUCCCAUUUUCAGCUCAGGUCCGGCAUCUAGAUCCCAGAUUUCUGUGUCAGAUAAAGGGGGAAUCGUAGAUUCAAAGGCAACUACAGAAGUGACGCCGAAAGCAACUGUUACUUCAUUUUCUGUUCCAGCUCCAACUUCAACAACAGCGAACAGUAUAUUUUCUUUUGGCGGUGUGGCUGAUAAAUUGAGUAAUGGGGACAGCAAAGAUGAAAAGGGAAUUAUUGUAGAAGCGAUAACAAACCCUCCAGCUCCAGUUUUUCCUGCUAUACCAACUUCAUCGCCAGCAGCAAGCAGUGCCUUCACUUUUGGUAAUCCUGCCAAAAAAUCUGAUCUAGGAGAUAACAAGGAUGUUUCGCAGGCAACUGCAGAAGCAACAGAGAAAUUGCCAACUUCAACAUCAAUAAGCAGCAUUUUCACAUUUGGCAAUGCUGAGACCAAACCAAAUGUUAGUAACGGUUCAGUUUCUUCAAGCCCUAUGACAUUCUCAAUGAUCUCAGCUACUUCAGCUCCUGGAAGCUUUACAACCCCAAUUGUUCAAUCUGCCGAUACUCCUAAUGGAACUAUCACAGCCAUUACAUCUUCCAGCAACUUGUCCUCUCCGUUUCCUUCAACGCCACUAAUGAAAUUUGGAGCCACAUCAGUUGCUCCGUCAAAUUUAGUUUCAACCAUGUCAACUACUGCUACUGAUGCUGUAUCAACUGAUUUGAAGUCCAAAAAUGAGAAGGAAACUAUUUUUGGCAACCUUACUAGCAACAACAUCUUUGGAUCCAGCAUGCCCAUUGCUGCAUCUUCUAACAACAGCCUACCUGAGACUCCCAUUUUUGGAGCAAAGACUUCUCUUCCUGGAACUGGGUCUUCAACUGCAACAACAAGCAUUCCUGUUCAGUUUGGGGCAUCUUCUACUGUCUUUGGCAACUCUGGAAUAAAUCCAAGCAGCUCUCCAUUUGGUUUUGGUGCAAACACUUCUUCUUCAGCAAUUAACACUACAACAAGCUCGAGUGGAACCAAUUCUAGCAUAUUUGGAUCGUCACCAGCCACUAACAUGUUUGGUUCGACAACUGCUUUUGGCACCAGCAGCUCUAGUGGGCCCACUUCUAGCUUAUUCGGUUCCAGCUGGCCAUCGCCAAGUACAGCAUCUAUCUUUGGAUCUUCAUCUGCAUCUUCAUCUUCAUCUCAAACGACUAGCUUUGUAUUUGGACAAUCACCCUCUCCGGCUUCUGCUGCUGCUGCGAGCGUUGGUUCUCCUAUGAUUUUCGGAUCGUCAACAGGUGCCUCGUCAGGUUCGAUUUUCUCCUUCACAUCGUCUACAGCUACCGCCUCUCCUCAAACAGCGCCUGCCUUUGGCAGCUCCUUCUCGACCUUUGCCCCUUCAAGUAACAACGGAGACCAGAUGAAUAUGGAGGAUAGUAUGGCUGAGGAUCCGAUACAGUCUUCAUUAGCUUCAUCUGUCCCAGUGUUUGGACAGACGCCUUCUAUAGCUGCUCCUACUCCUUCACCGGGUUUUAUGUUUGGCUCGGGUCAGCCAUCUUUCCAAUUUGGUCAAGCUGCUCCUCCUCCGUCAAACCCCCUACCUGCUUUUCAGGCAUCAGGCAGCGUAGAAUUUGGGGGUGGAAGUAGUAGCUUUUCGUUGGGAUCAGGUGCUGACGACAAAUCUAAUCGGAAAUACGUCAGAGUGAAACACAAGAACAGGAGGAAGUAAAUUCAUCCAGGUAAUAAUUGCUCUUUCUUUGUUUCUCCUUUUCUCCGAUUGCUGGUUUCAGGUCAGCAUCUGAUUAAUGGUAUCUUUAUCCUCUUCUUUGUUGGAGCGGCGUUGGUCUAAGUAUGAAUUGUUAUUAUAUGAGUCCACAAUUUUGAGUUAUCUUUUGUUUAGUGUCUAAAUAUUGUCAGUUGCUGCUGUCUUGUAUAAUUUGUUGGGAAGAUUGAUUUGAGUCUUCAUUUUAGGAUUCAAAGCUGAUGUUGUUGCUUAUGUGUACUAUGAGUUGUGGUGUCAUAUGUGUAAACAAAGGAGAUAUGAUUUUGCUCUUUAUUAAUAACUCUGUAAUUUGGUAAGAGUACGAAUGAAUGAAAUAUUUUAGUU